AUGAAGAUGAAUGCAGCUCAUGUCCCUGUGGGAAUGGGCCAAGCCGAGAGAAGAGGGAUCGCACAAGCACAAGCACCUGCGGCCGGGGCCGGGCCUGGCGCUGUGAACGACGGGUAUGCGUACUACUUGAAUCGGGGCAACGGCGAGUUGACGAGGCUUGUGCCGGCCGAUAUGCUGCCGGCGUUGAACGAGAUCCCGCCGAGGGAGCCUGAGCGGCGAGGGAUGGUGGUUUUGCCGCCGUUGAGAGGCGUUCCGCCGAAGGGGAUGGCGGAUAUGAGCCAGACUGUCACAGUCAAAAACCAAAUCGACCGUAUCGUCGCCACUAGCCCGUCGACUGCGAAGAAGAACAAAGUAUACUGCGAUAUGUGGAUCCACGAGGGAAGAUGUGCCUUUACCCAGACGGGAUGCAAGUUUAAACACGAAAUGCCCCUGGACGAGGCCUCGCAGAAGGCACUAGGCCUCUUCCAAGGUCUCCCUGCUUGGUAUAGGAAGCAGCAAGAGGAGUUGAACUUGUGGAAGUCUCGCGACACUUCUGACGCGGAGACUUCGCCUACGGAUUCUUCUUCUCGCAAUGAGUUUGCGUGGCAGAAUCCUAAAUCUUUGGGUAAAACCGUGCCGGACAAGAGCAAGCUUGACACAUGCAACCCAUCUCAAGCAACAAAGAGCCGCGUCGCUCAAUUUGUUUGGGGUCCGAUUGGGCCGCCUAACAAGCAAGUGGCGGACAAGGACCCUUGGGGCAAGGAGUUUGGAAACAGGAUGUAUGAUGGCGAGACUGUAUCGAGCUUUUCCUCUGAGGGCCGCAGAGGUAGAUGA